AUGAUCCGAGGAUUCUCUAAGAGAAAGAUCUGGUCGCCCGGAAACUACUACCUCAACGCCAGGCUGCCGGAAGAUUAUCAAGGCCCUGGCUACAUCACUAAAUCUGUACAGAGAACUGCUGAGAGAAACGCUGAGAAGCUAGAGGAGCUGGACACGCGACUCUUCUCGUAUCAGAUACGCUCACCAUCUCCCAGUCCGACCACACCCAGUAAGUUGCAGACGCCUCUCGUCGCCUUCCAGCCCAAGGAAGAGAAUGUGCAAAGCAGGGGUCAAAGAAAGGAAGUCAUGCAAAUUCAAACGGCUACUGCAGUGGAGGUUUGCAAGAAUAGGCAAGUCAACGAAAAUCUGAGCAGAAAGCUUGAGGAAUAUCGUCACAAUCCACAAAUUCUGAUAGAAAAGAUCAAGAUGUACAAGGCUCAGAAAAGACUUGAGAAGAAACAGACAGAUUUCAUCAAGAUGAAUGCUUUAAAUGCCACAGUCGAGAUGUCAGGUCCAAAUGCACGGACCAAGCAACAGAGCCUUGUCACCAUAAAGACAGACUUGAGAGUCUUGGCGGCUCAAAAGUCUAAGAAGAGACAUCUUGACGAGAAAUUUCACGAAAUUGUGCAGAAGAUUGAAGAAAGAACAUUGCGAAAGCUUGCAUUGAGAGAUGAGGCGGAGAGAAAGAAAAAAGUCGAGAAGUACGCGCCACUGGUUCGCGCGAAAGUGCAAGAUUAA